AUAAGGUGGCCACAGCUAUGUUUGAAUAUAUGACGCAGGACUACUCCACCGUAGAAAUGAAAAGCAAAACGGAGAUCGAGGCACAAGGAGAAGAUAUGAUGUCGCUAUUAUUCCACUUUUUGGAUGAGUGGCUUUUUGCUUUUUCUGCGGAUGACUUCUUCUUUCCCAGGGGCACGGAAGUGAAGGCUAUUACUUACUCGAAUAUGCAAAUUUAUGACAAGGAGGGCCAGCAUGAGGUUUUUGUGAUAAUUGACAUCUGA